AUGUCGGAAGAAGGGAUUACCAGUGUCAUCGAAGCUUGGACCAAGGUAUAUCAAAGUGCUUUCGCGAUUCCCUACAUCAACUACGUGCAAAUCUUUGAGAAUAAAGGUUCAAUUAUGGGAUGUUCGAACCCUCACCCGCACUGUCAAGUCUGGAGUACUGAAUCGAUUCCCGAAGAACCUAGCAAGGAGAUCGAAUCCAUGAACAAAUACUAUGAACAAAACAAAUCUUGUUUAUUGUGUGAUUACGUUCAGCUGGAAACGAUCAAGCUAAAAGAAAAGCCAAGGGUGAUUUGCGAAAAUGAUUCAUUCGUGUGCAUUGCUCCAUAUUGGGCCGUGUGGCCUUAUGAAACAAUGGUGAUUGCAAAGUUUCAUGUAACAAGUUUGGAUGAGAUGGAAAAAGCUGAAGCUGGAAAGAAGCAGCAAAGAGACCUUGCAAACAUGAUUUUAAGGAUCACAUGUCGCUACGACAAUGUCUUUAAAUGCUCCUUUCCCUAUUCUAUGGGAAUUCAUCAAGCGCCGGUAGAUGGAAGUGACCACUCGCACGAUUCACAUUUUCAUUUACAUUUCUAUCCCCCAUUGUUGAGAAGUCCGACGGUUAAAAAAUUUUUAGUUGGGUAA